GCAAUUCUAUCGACUAGUAUAUAUUGUUUUUGCUCAGUAGUUAAUACGACUGUUUUCUUUUUUCAUAUUUGCCAUCAGGUUGUGCAAUUUGUGUGUUCCUUUGGUGUUAAUGCUGCAGUUUGUGAUGUGCGUGAAGAGCGUUUGAAUUGUGCGAUACGCAGUUCACAAUGCGAUCGCUGCGUGAAUCGAAAAAGUUGCAUUCGCAUUCGUGUGUGUGAAAAUUCAAUACAAAUAGUAGGCGACAAAGCAGCAGCAAAGUGAAAAAUGUGCUUGGUGGAGCAUGCGGGGAAUAAGCAUAAGCUCUUGUCAACAUCCACACAAAACAAACAAGCGUCGCGAUAUUUGUCAACGUCCUGCUCAAAUCAUAAAUCCAACUCGAGCUACAACAACGUCGACUGUAGCUACUCCAACAACAGUGGCGUUGUUGUUGUUGGCGAUAUAAACACCCAACAGCAACAACAACAAUAUCAAUAUCAGAGCCUGCAUUGUGACAGCACAACGCCCACAUUUAACGCCAAAUACAGGCGAAAAUGUUUCCUACUGCUGUCGCUGUUGCUCUUCCAUGGAUGCUUCAGUGGAUUGCAUAGCGCCAGCGCAUACAAUUGUACAACAAAUCCUUGCCAGAACGAAGGACAGUGCCUCGAUGGGCAGUGCAUAUGCGCCGAUGGCUGGCAGGGACCUGCUUGCCAGUUCUGUGGUGGCAAAGUGCGUAUGUACCAUCCCAUGGGCACCAUACACGAUGGCUGGGGCAACUAUUCGGUGAGUGUAAAGUGCAGUUGGUUAAUCGAUGCCCAUCACCCGCAUUGGGGUCGUCGUCACAGCGCCAAUCCCUCACGUGCCGCCAAUAUACGUAUUCAUCUGCGCGAAUUUGCCACCGAAUGCGGCUGGGAUCAUUUGUAUAUAUAUGAUGGCGACAGCGUUGACUCGCCGCUCCUGGCAGUGUUCAGUGGCCUCAUGUAUAGGGGCAACUUUUCCAUACGCCGUGUGCCUCAGGUCAUCGCGAGAUCGGGCACAGCUUUGCUGCACUUCUUCAGCGAUGAUGCCUAUAAUAUGUCUGGCUUUAAUCUGACAUACAAGAUGAACGGCUGUCCCACAGAUGCUGAUGAUGUGGAGUGCUCUGGGCAUGGCACGUGCAACGAUGGCGACUGUCUGUGCGAUCCCAUGUACAGAGGCGAGGCCUGCAAUGUGGCCGCCUGUCCCAAUAACUGCACUGAGGCGCGUGGUCAUGGCAUUUGUAAGAUGGAUAAGGAGCGGUGUGAAUGCAAUGAUGAUUAUGGCGGCGAUGAUUGCGGCCAGCUGCGUGCACACGGCGUUUGGAGCACUGUGCAUCCCAAGCACUCGAAAUCGCCAUCGGGCAGCGCAUCACAUGGCGCCGCCGUUUGGCGCGACACGCUGCACAUCAUUGGCGGCGAAUCGUAUGGGCGUGGCGAACUAAUGAGCACCUACGAUUUCAAUGGCAAUGUGUGGGAGACAAUGCAUCCGGUGGAUGGCAGUGCCACCCCCGAGAAGCGUUAUGGCGCCUCUACAGUUAUGUAUGGUGAUAAAGUCUUCAUGUAUGGCGGCGUUGUCAAGGGACAGGGCAUUACCAACGAACUGUGGGCCUUCGAUGUCUCGGCCAAGACGUGGGAGAAUGUCAGCGUGAAGACAGAGCCCUGUAAUGGCGCCUUCUCAAUGUGCGGACCGUUGCAUGCGGCUGGGCAUACGGCGACCUUGGUGCCCGGAUACGGGGAUAAGAAUAACUAUCAGUACAUGGUGGUGAUAUUUGGUCAUUCAUCACAAUAUGGCUACCUCAAUACGGUACAGGAGUUUAACUUUAACACCCGCGAGUGGAAGAUCGUGGAGACCUAUGGAUAUGUAGUAAAAGGAGGAUAUGGACACAGCGCUGCUUACGAUUUGUUAACCGAAAAGCUUUACAUCUACGGCGGCAUUGUGUCAGAGAGUGAUGCCAGCCAGGUGCUGAGCUCACGACUGUUUUCUUACGAUCCAUCGACUCGCAUCUGGACGCUGUUGUCGUCGGCGCCGAGUGCACGUCUUCUGCACACGGCGAACUUUGUGAAUCCCGGCUUGAUGAUGGUCUUUGGCGGCAACACGCACAACGAUACCUCACAGAGCUAUGGCGCCAAGUGCUACAGCCAAGAUUUGCUUAUAUAUGAUGUGUACUGUGAUUCCUGGCAUAUGCAUCAAAUGCCCGCCCACUUGCAGGCGGAUCUGGCAAGAUUCGGUCACAGUUCGGUGGUGUUUGAGGAUGCACUGUAUAUCUACGGCGGCUUCAAUGGCCAAAUGCUUAGUGACAUGCUGCGCUACGAUGCUGGACACUGCAGUUACUACACCAAGCAGGAGAAAUGCACUAGCGCACGUCCCGGCGUCAAAUGCAUUUGGGAUGUGUCAAUGAGUCGCUGUAUUAACAUCAUGAGAGUGCAACGUUCGGCGAUUUACGGACGCGAGCAAUAUGAUUAUGUGGCUUGUCCAUCCAAAAGUCGCAUAACUAUGACAUCGGAGCAUCUGCAUCAUGUGCAGCGUUGCCAGGAGCUGACCAACUGUCAGUCAUGUGUCUCGACCGCCUUUGAGUGCACCUACUGCGGCAAUGGUGCCUGCAGCAAGGAGAGAUGCCGUGAGACCACCUCCGUUGCAUCUAUAUUCUACGCCGAUUCGUCGACUUCUACUCACCAGGCGACGAUGCAUCAGCAGCCAGCUAUAACCGUGGCGCCGCCUCUGAAUGCCAAGCGUCUGGAUAGCUGCCCCACAACUGAGGAUCAUUUGGUGCAAUCCAUUUGCGAGCAACUUCACAACUGUCGCGCCUGCAUGGCGGAUGCAUCCUGCAAGUGGGAUCCAGAGUCAAGUCGUUGCCGCAGCUAUAUAUCUGGAUCAGGAUUACCCCUCAAUCGUACCCAGCACGAUGCUACACUCUGUCGGCCGACAUGUGCCGCUCAAGUUAAUUGCCACAAUUGCACUGAGGAUGAGUGCAUCUGGUGUCAGAAUGAGCAGCGAUGUGUAGAUCGCAAUGCAUAUACGGCCAGCUUUCCGUAUGGCCAGUGUCGUGAGUGGACAACAUUCACAUCCAAGUGCCGAUCAGCGCCAAUCAAUGCAAUAAGCGCUGGCACCACCACAGCCCUGUCCAGUGCACAGUGCGGUUACUACAAUAGCUGCCAGCAGUGUUUGGAUGAUCCGGCGUGCGGCUGGUGCGACAACGGCUCCAACACGGGCUUGGGCAAGUGUGUUGUUGGCGGCGCGUUGUCGCCGUACGAUCAAAAGGAGUGCGCUCUCAAGCACUGGUUCUUUACGUCCUGUCCACGCUGCAAUUGCAAUGGACAUUCCUAUUGCAAUGAUCAGCAGCACUGCGAGCAGCCGUGCAACAAUUUGACCAUCGGUGCACACUGCGAGAAAUGCCGCACUGGGUACUGGGGCAAUGCAAUCAAUGGCGGCGAGUGUCAGCACUGUCAGUGCAAUAACCAAGGCGACUAUUGUCAUCCGGAUACGGGCAAAUGCUAUUGUAACACCAAGGGCAUUGUGGGUGAUCAUUGCGAGAAGUGCGAUUCGCAGAAUCAUUACAUUGGUGAUCCGUUGAGGGGCUCGUGUUACUAUGAACUAACCAUUGAUUAUCAGUUCACGUUCAAUCUGUCCAAGAAAGAGGAUCGACAUUUUACGCAAAUCAAUUUUCGCAAUUCACCGGUCAAGCCGGAAAUUGAUGCGGACUUUUCGAUAACGUGUAGUGUGCCAGCCAAAAUGGAUAUAUCGGUGAAGCGUGUCGGCUUGCCAGAGAGACUCCUUUUGGUUGGCAUCAAUUGCUCCACGUUCCGUCAUCGUUUCCCCAAGACCGAUUUUCAAUUUGGCAACAUUCCAGUUGACAAUAUAUCCCUGACCACCUUCUAUGUGUUUGUGCACGACUUUCAGCCACCGAUUUGGAUUCAGAUCGCUUUCUCACAGUAUCCCAAACUCAAUCUACAGCAGUUUUUCAUCACAUUCUCAUCAUGCUUCCUUCUGCUACUACUCAUGGCCGCCGUUCUAUGGAAGAUCAAGCAAAAAUACGAUAUGUUCCGACGCCGACAGCGUUUAUUCGUUGAAAUGGAGCAAAUGGCCAGCCGACCAUUUUCACAGGUGCUGGUUGACAUUGAGAACCGAGAGAGUAUUGAUUUGAGUUUGCAGCUGGAAGGCGUCAGUCACAUGUCCAAGAAACGUAAAAAGGAGUGCCCCAGUCCAAUUGCUUUAGAGCCAUGCAAUGGCAACCGAGCCGCAGUGCUUUCGCUACUAGUCCGGCUGCCCACGGGUGGUCUGCCCCAAGCAUCUUCCUGCCAAUCGGCCGGACUGGCCGUGGCCAGCGCGUUAGUCACUCUUGGUAAUCCGCGUCGCCCAUCAGUCGAGGUGCACCCCAAGGAGCCAAAAUCGAAACGCAAGCAGAGCCAACAUCCAGACAGUUGUACAUAAAAUACAGACCCAAUCAACAUGAUAAUAGCUAUGAUAAUGUGUACAAUUAGUUAAUAGAUCUUUAGCAUAUUCGCUGACUUUAUUUGUCUAUUACACACACCAAACACACACACACAAAUGGCCAGCAGCUAGCAAGUUGAUAAUCCGCAGUUAUUAUUACUUUAAUGCAAUUAGUCUAAUACCCUAAAUAUGAAAAGCGAUGCAAAUAAUAAUAAUAAUUAUAUUUAAAUAUUAAUAAUAAUAAUAAUAAUAAUUUUUAGCAAAAGGACAUAUUUAUAUACAAGUUAUAUACAAUUCGAUAUAGUUCAUAGGCCAUUUAGCGUUGCAAAUAGUUGUAUAUGUUUUAUUUAUUAUUUAUACCACAAAUGUAAACUUAUUUUUAGCAGCGGCAACGUAGGUCUUCUUUUUUUAUAUACAUACUUAUACAUAAUAAUACGUGUAUGUAUCUUAAGCGCGUUAUUGAAAUAGGUUUAUCCGCUUCUUUUAUUUUUGCUAGGAACAACAAAAGACAUAUAUUUCAUUUUAGCAAACAAAAAAGUGAUGUUUAUAUUACAAUAAUUGAAAACGGGGAAAAUGCAUGUGGAAAUCUUGCAGAUUAUACUGUGUUCAUUCAUAAUUAAUAGAAUUGAAAAUUACGAAAUCAUUUUAUUUCUGUGCAAACGUUUACAGCAAAUGAACAAAUUGCAACCAAUAAAUGUAUAUGUAAAUAAAUACUAUUAAACGUACGUAAAAUAUAUCUAUAUAUAUAUACAUAUAGUAAUCAUAGGAAAACGCGCCCAAAACAAAUCAGAUAUGUAAUUUAGUUUACGAAAAUCAAGCUACAAAUUUAUUUCAAUUGACUUGAACGAACAUCGCUAACUAAGAGUAAGGUUUCCACUUGGAUAACAAAUUUGAGCAAACUAAACAGCAAUAACAACAAUGAAUGCACAUUGUAACUAAAAAUGAAAAAUGAACAAAGACACUGAAUCAAAAGGCACUUGUCAACUUUUAAUAUAUAUAUAUAAAUAUAGAAAACUUAAAGACACUUUUCAGAUGUUGAUCUGUAAUAAUUCAGGUUAUGCCAACACAAACUAAUUCACAAAACGUUUCCAAAUCGAAAGACAAUUGUAAAAAAAAAUACGUUUUAUUGCCCUCCCAAGUACUUGUCAGCCGAUUACACCCUGCCACAAUGCGUAGUAAACGUAAAUCAAUUAAAUUAGCAACUC